AUCAUCAUUCUGAACAAACCAUUCAGAUCCAACAGUCAAACACAACAUUUGUGACUACACAAGACUCGAGCCGCCAACUACUGCUCCCUGUUGAAUUGCCUACCAUAUCUACGCAACGUCCCCGUCACUAUGAUUUGCAGAGCCUGCCUUCGUGCCAGCAGAGCUGGCCUCCGCUCCGAGGCUUCCCAAAGACUCGCCUCUUUCCAGACGCCAAGCAGGGCUCUCUCUUCGCUGGCUUCUAUACGCCUCUCUGCAUCUGCCACAUACUCUACCUCUGCUCUUCUUCAACAGCGCGCCAUUCAGAUUCCGGCUCGCCUUGCCUCGAGGACAUACUCUACCGCAGCUUCGGAACAGCCUGCGAGCGCUGUCCCGGAAAAGCCGGAAGACCUGGACGAGGGAGAGGCCCAGGUUUGGGACAUCUUGGUCCGCGAGUUUGCGCCCACCAACCUCGUCGUGCGAGACAUCUCGGGAGGCUGCGGCUCCAUGUAUGGCGUCGACAUCUGCUCCGAGAAGUUCCGUGGCCUCAACAUGCUCAAGCAGCAACGUCUGGUCAACGCCGCUCUCGGUGACCUGGUCAAGCAAUGGCAUGGCAUCCAGAUCAAGACCAGCGUGCCUUGAAGAAAAGAAUCAUGGAGGAAAGUAAGAGAAAGAUGAUUUUGUAUUUUUCACUGCCAUGUACACCACUCGAUACCCAAGGAACAACCGCAUCAAAGCUCUUGAAUGGCCGCAGUGCCUUACCACCAGGACAAACUCUCAUCUGAUGCGAAACUCGAAAAUGCCACCAUGCCCAUAUCAUCGUGCACGAUUCCUCAUGACAAAUCCGACGUUUCCUCAUUCUCCAUAUCGAUGUCCAUGGUACCCCAGUCCACUGCCGGAACCGACCUGGGAUCAGGUCCCUUGUUGAAUAGUGGCUGUCUAGGUCAACCCCGCUCG